UGCGGCUGAGUGUAACGCGUGUGUAGAUCACUGCCUUGAUCCACUACUAACCCAUAUUCCAACUGUACAGAAACGCGUGGCUAAAUGGCCAAUAUUUCAAACAUUAUCAGCUCUGCAUGGCUCUAGCCUGAUCAUGGUCAUCUAAAACUGCUCGGUUAUAGCAAGGAAAAUAAUAUCUGAAGUUCAGGGCGUUGCAGCAACUGGUUCAAUAAGCAGACAGACAGUCAUACCCUGUAAUGCUUGCUGCAUGAAAAUCAAUAGCGCCCGCAACCUUCAGCAGCAGAAGCUACCAACCUAACCGACGGAGGUUGCAUGAAACAUCACGUUAAUCAGUUGGUGGAAUAUGCUUUUGUCAAGGUUGACAGACUCGUGUACGUGUAAUGGUGGAUCAGGUCCUUACAGCUGAUCCAUUCGUGCAGCCAGCUGAGAUGGAACCUCACACCAUGAAGCUACGCUUAUCUACAUUCCGAUGAAAACAUGGCUGCCAAACUACUGCUACUGUGUCUGGGAGUCAUUGCCGUGUCCCGUGGACAGCUGGCAAAAGUUUGGAAGCUCUCAGCGCGGGAACUCAUCGACUAUCGAGCAUAUCGUGACGUCACCGUUCUACAUUUCCGAGUUCCCGAGCAAACACUGACAGCUUCCUUCAAUUUUACGGUUUCCGAGAAGCUAAUAUCGUCCCAUUUUUCUUCCGAGUGUGACCCAAGGAGAGUAAGCCUCUUCCUUAAAUAUGGCAGUUUACCUGUUAUCAAUCCUGACGGGGCAAAAUUCCCAGACAACUUCUCAAUCUCAAACCGCGUGCCAGUGUACAACGCAGAGUUCCAGAGCAACGAGGUGCCUGUAAUCAUCAAUGUCACUAGCCCAGUUCCAGGGGACUGGUUUGCGGUCGCUUUUAUAAGCUAUACCGAUCCAAACGACGAUCAAAUUUUGCAACAGGGGUUAGCCCCGAACUGCGCAGCUCUGGCGGAAUGCAGUAUGAGUGUCGUCAUUGUGGACGAUGUCACUGUUGUCGUUCCCGGAGAAGAGAUUUCCGGACAACUGGACGGGGAUGCUGACUCAAAAUAUUUUAAAUUUUAUGUGCCUUCAGGGACAUGGAUGGUGCGUGUUAACCUUUCUUCCGACCAGUGCGAUAGUUCACCUUGUCUCCUCAUGUCAUAUGCUCCAAGAACAUUCCCGGAUCCCAAAGUUAGCAAUGAAAACUGUGAGUCUGGUGUUUCAUGCGAGAACGAUUUCAUUCCAGCUGUGGAUAACUGGUAUUUUAUUACAAUAUCUGCAACCCACAACAUGAGCGCCAGUUCCAUCCGUUUCACGCUGAUAGUCUCCUUUCUUGCUCAUAAUUCAUCAGAGAAAUGGAAACUGGUGAAAACAACGUUACCGCAUGUCAUGACCGAAGAUCAAAAUUAUGACAGGACGUUAUUAAUUCAGGAUUUCCAAAACUUCUGGAGGUUGGUGCCUCUGACGAGACAAUCUUUUUCGUCAUUCUUUACAUUCAACUUCCUCAGUGAACUUGCUGACGAAAAUAAAGGUUUCUUCUCCAUAAAUGUUAGUGUGGAUGAGCUGGCUAUGAUGCAGUUUGAAGUGAAUCAUGUAAGCGACAUUGGAGGGACACUGACGUUUCAAAUGAAGCUUGAAGAAGACUCUAAUUUAAAGAACGUCACACAGAGCCUUUACAAUGUGUCUGUUGUUGCGUGUCUUAGUUAUCAGGCACGUGCCAUUCCGCUGUAUCCUCAAGACAUGUGCCUCGACUAUACUGGAGACUUCUCAAAGUCCAAAAUCCAGGUGAAUUCAUCCAGUGAAAGAAAUCGUAUAGGUAGCAUCCACGUGCCUUUCCCCGAACCAGGACUCUGGUUCAUAACUUUGAAGCCGUUUUGCUUCAACGACAGUCUUCCAGCAGAUUGUACUUCCGACCUGGGCUCUCUGAACGUGUCCCUUAUAAUUGAAUCUAAUAUGUGUACGGCAGACAACUGUGGGAGGUUUGGGGACUGCUAUAAUUAUAUGAGUGGUGGGUUCAUUUUCUCCACAUGCGUAUGUAGGCAUGGGUAUAUCGGUUGGGGUUGCACGGACGAUAGCAAGGUCACCUCAUUGAUGGAAUUACUGAUCGCAGCGCUGCUUCUUACGAUUAGCAAUUUGUUCUUCAUCCCAGCAAUUGUCAUGGCAAUACGUCAAAAGUAUUACACCGAAGCGUUUGUGUAUGUAUGCACUAUGUUCUUUUCAACGUUCUAUCACGCCUGUGAUGCUGGCGAAGACAUUUAUUCCUACUGUUUAAUGAGACUGAAUGUUCUGCAAUUUUGUGACUUCUAUUCAGCGAUUCUGUCUCUGUGGGUGACUCUCAUUGCCAUGUCGGAUAUCCGUAAUGCUCUCAAGUCCAUAGUCCACAUGGCAGGUGCCAUAGGUAUCGCCCUAGGCACGGAGUAUAACCGAACCUCCCUUUGGGUGUUGGUAGUACCCGCUCUGAUCGGCCUAGCCCUUAUGAUCCAAUCUUGGAUGUGGCGUUGCAAAGCUCAGAGGUCAUGCUAUCCCAGUAAGAAAUACUGGAAGUUCUAUUUUCCUCCGGGAGUGCUACUAGUCAUUGUGGGUCUUGUGUGCUACUCGUUCUUAGAAACGAGACAGAACUAUAAGUAUGUUCAUAGCGCCUGGCAUAUUAUCAUGGCGCUAGCGAUAAUAUUUUUGCUCCCAUCCAAGAAGCAGCAAAGAGCUGUUGUAGUGAACACCGAUGAAUCUGCUUGUUUGCCACCACUGACAUGCAAACCAUCUUGGAAAGAUAACAAGAUUUUUAAGUUUCUAUGUUGGUGCGAACGAUGACAGUGGCAUUGUGUGUAGUAGUGAGUCGUAACAACAUAAAAAGUUCUGUCGACUUGUCUGUUAGAGUGGCAACGCUGACUGCUCGUGGGGGGCAUCUGUUCAGCAUUAUGUGGUACCAUUUAAUAUGUUGUCUUUCUUCCACAUUGUCCCCAUUUAUCAUUGUUUUCUGGCUUCAUGUGUUAUCUUGUUACAUCCUACAAAUACAUGUGUUAUGACUUCACUUAUAAUGAUUACAUUAUCAUUAAUCCUAUAGUUGUAACACGUUACAGUUACUAUAUUCAGUAUAAUUAACACCAAAGUCGGUUUUAGAGGAAGAGGACAGUGUUGGAUUAGUCAUCCUUCACAUUCCUCUCCAGUAUGAAUGAAACGUGAAAUAGACGUUACUAUACUCCGAUAUUGAGUACCUUCUUGUGACGACUGGUCCACUAAACGCGAAGCAUUUGUCAGUGUUGCUACCAUAUACAAGUAUGAGCAGUCAAGAGAUUGGAUGUUAAAUGCUGUAUCUAGAAGUGUCUGGAUCACAGUGUCCGAACCUCUUCAUAUUUCCUAUUACCUUAUCCGGUUUUCAUAUGAGAUUGUAUUGUCCUUACCUGCCUCAGUCCCAAUAGAUUUAUCAGUCAGCUCGUGAUUCGUUGUGGUUGUGCCUAUAUUUGAUGUGCUACAUGACAGUUGAAGUUAUUACAGGAGAAUAUUGGUACGAAAUUUUCAGUUUGCAUUAAACAACUUUUUUUUUCAUACCUAUAAUGCUGAUGGCAAAUAGUAAUUUAACUGAAUGUUUUCUUUUUAUUUUUACGUGCUAAAUCAAAAACUACAGGAGCCAACUACACAGUCAACACUUCAGAGAAAAAUAAAAAGUAAAAGAAAGCAAUACACAUACGGAAGAAAAACUAAGGUAUUGAAGUAAUUGUGCCUACCACCGCGGCGGCCCGGCUUCAAAUCCAGGUCUGGUCAAGUGGGAUUUGUGGUGGAUAAAGUGGC